AUGAACUUGAUGCUAAAGGACAAGAACAUAAUUCGCUUGCAAGGAAAGUUGACUCGUUUGGAUGAACCUUUUAAGAAUUUGAGAGAAACUACUGAAAAAAAAAAGAAAAAAAUUUCACAAAGAAUUCAACAAGUAACUAACCACCUCAUUGGAAAUCCGUCUAGAAGACCAUCAGAGGAUGUAGUGGUGGUAGCAGCAGUUCGUACGGCACUCACCAAAGCUAAAAAAAAGGCGGUGCUUGGUAAAUCAAAAAUUGAUCCAAAGUUGAUUCAAGAUGUGGCGGUUGGUAAUGUUUUACCACCUGGUGGUGGAGCUACAGUUGCAAGAGCUGCAGCUUUGUUUACUGGUAUUCCUGAUACUGCUGCUUUGAACACUGUUAAUAGACAAUGUUCUUCUGGUUUACAAGCAAUUGUUCAAAUUGCUCACGAAAUUGUACUUGAUCAAAUUGAAAUUGGGAUAGGCGCUGGAGUUGAGAGUAUGUCACUUCAUUAUGGAGCAGGAGCAAUGGCAACAGAUGUUUCAGAAAAGGUAUUCUCAAAUCCGGCAUCACAAGAUGGUUUACUUCCGAUGGGAGCAACUUCAGAAAAUGUAGCAGAAGAAUUUGGAGUCACGAGAGCCAAACAAGAUCAAUUUGCUGUUUUGUCUCAUCAAAAAGCAGCAGCAGCGCAAAAAUCUGGUCUUUUUAAAGAAGAAAUAAUUCCUGUAAGAACCAAAUGGAUUGAUCCCAAGACAGGGGAUGAGAAAGAAAUAGUUGUUGAUAAAGAUGAUGGAAUUCGUAAGAACACAACAUUGGAAGGAUUAGCCAAAUUGAAACCAGUGUUCAAAGAAAAUGGUACUACUACAGCAGGUACUGCCUCAACAUCAGUUCCACCAAGGGUGAUGGGAAUAGGGCCUGCUUAUGCAAUUCCGGCUGUUCUUAAACUAGUAGGGCUUUCAGUUAAUGAUAUUGACAUUUAUGAAGUUAAUGAAGCUUUUGCUUCACAAGCAAUAUAUUCUAUUGAGAAAUUAGGUAUUGAUAUCAUAAAAGCUAAUCCAAAGGGAGGAGCAAUUGCAAUUGGGCAUCCUUUGGGUUGUACUGGUGCACGUCAAGUAUCAACACUCUUGACAGAGUUAAGAAGAACAAGGAAGAAAUUAGGAGUUAUUUCCAUGUGUAUCGGAACAGGAAUGGGAAUGGCUGCUGUUUUUGAAGCAGAAUUUGCUUAA